AUGACCACAAAGAUACGGACAAUGACUACAUCAAAGGAGGAGACAAAAUCCAAGAAUAAGGCAGAGCAGCCAGCAAUAAGAGUGGGCUUCUUCCAGCUGUUCCGUUUUGCAACAUGCAAAGAGCUGUUGAUGAUGACCGUGGGCAGUGUGUGCGCGGUGCUGCACGGCUCAGCUCAGCCCCUGAUGCUGCUCGUUUUUGGCCUUCUCACCGACACCUUCAUCGAAUAUGACAUUGAGCUGAUCGAGCUGAGCGACGAGAGAAAAGAGUGUGUGAACAACACAAUCCAGUGGAAGAAUCGUACUUUAGGACUUGACCCGGUGACCCAGACGAAUCAGUCCAAUUCAACGCUGCCCAUGCCGUGUGGGUAAGUCUGCCGUGAGAAAUGCACGAGUUAAAAUUUUUGGAUCAUCGAUUACAACACGUGAUUUCUUAGAAGUUUGAUUCGUUUGACUCAGUGUCUGUAUGGUUUUGUCGCCCUCACACGUGCAACUUCUAGGAUUCUUGACAUCGAAUAUGAAAUGACGAAUUUUGCCUUCUACUACGUUGGCAUUGGAGCAGCUGUGUUUUUGUUGGGCUAUUUUCAGGUUAGUUGAUAAAGAUUCA